AUGGACGUGGGCAAGGUCAAGAGCCAGAUGCACAGCCUGGCCUUUGGCCAGGCGAUGGGCAAGGCGGCAGAGGACUACAAGCAGGAGCUGCUGGCGGCACAGGCGGCGGCGGCAGCCGGGCCCACCUAUGCCCAAGUGGAUGUGGAUGACCUGCUGGACGACCCAGAGCUAGAGAAGCUGCAUGCGGAGCGGCUGGCGGCGCUGCAGCGGGAGGUCGAGAAGCGUGCCAAGAUGCAGCAGAAGGGGCACGGCUCGUACGAGGAGGUGGCAGAGGGCGACUUCCUGGAGGCGGUGACCAAGAGCGACCGGGUGGUGUGCCACUUCUUCCACCGCGAGUUCGAGCGCUGCCGCAUCAUGGACAAGCACCUGGGCCUGCUGGCCCGCAAGUUCUUCGACACACGCUUCAUCAAGCUGUCGGCGCCGGACGCUCCUUUCUUUGUGGAGAAGCUGCAGGUGCGCAUGCUGCCCUGCGUGGUCAUGUUCCUCAACGGCGUGGCGGCAGACCGCAUCAUCGGCUUCGACGCGCUGGGGGCCACCGACGACUUCCCCACCUCGCAGGUGGAGAAGAAGCUGCUCAAGGCGGGGGUGGUGGUGCCGCCGCCGCAGCGCAAGGACGACUCGGACGACGAGGAGGCGGCGCAGGCGGCGCGCACCAUGCGGCACGGCCUGGCGCGGCAGCACCGGCAACGCACCCAGUCGGACGAGGACUCGGACUUUGACUGA